CCUUUUUUUCUUUUCCAGUUGAACCCAAAGAUGGGUUCUUGUUUCUGGGUUUGUUUUGUUUUUUUGAGCUUUAGCUUGAGUUUUGUACGUUCACAAACUGCAAAUGCAACUAUUGAAGGAACUGUUUUUAUUGAUGGGAAAACUCCCAUUGGUACUACAGAUGAAGAUUUCAUUUGUGCUACUUUGGAUUGGUGGCCCCCCGAAAAAUGUGAUUACGGUUCAUGCAGUUGGGGUCAUGCUGGUCUUCUCAAUCUGGAUCUUAGUAGAAAUAUAUUCUUGAAUGCCGUAAAAGCCUUUUCACCAUUGAAAAUCAGAUUGGGCGGCACGUUACAAGACAAAGUCAUAUAUGAAACAGAUGACAAUCAACAACCAUGCACUUCGUUUGUCAAAAACACGUCUGAGAUGUUUGGUUUUACACAAGGAUGUUUACCUAUGAACAGAUGGGAUGAACUCAAUUCCUUCUUUCAGAAAGCAGGGGCUAAGGUUAUUUUCGGAUUAAAUGCUCUUGCCGGUAGAAAAAUAGAUUCGAACGGUGAAGCCGUAGGAGCUUGGAACUACAACAAUGCCGAAUCUUUUAUUCGAUACACCGUUGGGAAGAACUAUACCAUUCAUGGUUGGGAGUUAGGAAAUGAAUUGUGCGGGAGCGGGGUCGGAACUCGGGUCUCGGCAAACCAGUAUGCAGCCGACACCACUGCUCUCCGAAGCGUAGUGCAGAGUGUAUACAAGAAUGUCGAUUUGAAGCCGUUGAUCAUUGCACCGGGCGGGUUCUAUGAUUCGGAUUGGUUCAAAGAAUACAUAAACAAGACAACUGAAUCCUUAGAUGUUGUCACUCACCACAUAUACAACCUUGGACCAGGAGUUGAUGACCAUCUUGUCGAAAAGAUUCUUGAUCCUUCCGUUCUCGAUGGUGAGUCUGGAACAUUCAGUGGCCUCCAUAACAUCAUCAAGAGUUCUUCGACUUCAGCCGUUGCCUGGGUGGGUGAGGCUGGAGGAGCUUACAACAGUGGCCAUAAUCUUGUUACAAAUUCAUUUGUGUUCAGUUUCUGGUACUUAGAUCAGCUCGGCAUGGCAUCAAAGUACGAUACGAAAACGUAUUGCAGACAAUCACUGGUUGGUGGGAAUUAUGGUUUACUAAACACCACCAACUUUGAACCAAAUCCAGACUACUACAGCGCUCUUCUUUGGCACCGGCUAAUGGGAAGAAAUGUUCUCUCGACAAGCUUCACCGGGGCUGACAAGAUUCGCUCGUACACUCACUGUGCGAAACAAUCAAAAGGCAUCACACUACUAUUGAUCAACCUAGACAAUAGCACUACAGUUCAGGCAAAGCCAGCGUUCAACGGCACAAUGACCUUGCGACGCAAGCACCGGUCACGAACAUCGCACCAUAAGCACAAAAUCCAUAAAACAUCCAUCAUGAAGCUGCCUAAAGGCCCCGAUACCAAAAUAAGAAGAGAGGAAUAUCAUCUAACAGCAAAAGACGGAAAUUUACAUAGUCAAACCAUGCUACUCAAUGGAAACAUUUUAAGUGUAAAUUCUUCGGGGAUGAUACCUCCAUUGGAGCCUGUACAUGUAAAUUCGGCAAAGCCGAUAACGGUUGGUCCUUUAUCCAUUGUGUUCGCUCACAUGCCUGAUGUUACGGUCGCUGCUUGCAGGGUACAACCGUAGAGGGAACUAAAAUCGGUUCCUUUUAGUGAUUCAUUGUUCGAAUAAGAAAUAUAACAUAUUACAAAUAUUUCAUUAUUUUUCUGCAUAGUGAAGAAUAUAAUGCAACAUACCUUUUUCCCC